AUGGGCAUUCCACGCUUCUAUCGCUACAUGUCAGAGCGAUAUCCUCUUCUUAAUCAGCCCAUCUCUGACGUAUCACUCUUACCUGAGUUUGACGCCUUCUACCUCGACAUGAAUGGCAUUGUUCAUAGCUGCACACACACGGAUGCCGCCGACGACGCGCUCAGUUUGCUCUCACUUGAAGCACAACUCCACGGUAUUUUCACCUACUUGGAUCGUCUCAUCACGCACACUAUCAAGCCUAAACAGCUCGUCUACAUUGCAAUUGACGGCGUCGCGCCACGAGCGAAGCUCAAUCAGCAGCGUUCACGCCGUUUCCGCGCUGGAAUGGACCGUCAAGUGGCCAUGGAAAAGGAAAAAUACAUGCAGAUUAAGCUUGAGGAUGAGAAAAAUGGCCAGAAAACCAAGUCAAUGGCCAACAAGUUUGACUCGAACUGUAUCACACCGGGGACGGAAUUUUUGAGUAAAUUAUCACAGCAUUUGGUCUAUUUUGUCCGUCAGAAGAUGAAAUCGGACCCAUUGUGGGCCCGAUUGGAGGUUUACUUUAGUGGAAGUGAAGUGCCUGGAGAAGGAGAACACAAGAUUGUCGAGUUUAUACGUCAUCGUAAGAUGACAAAGAACUAUAAAGCCAAUAUACGUCAUUGUAUGUAUGGGAGUGACGCAGAUUUGAUGCUCUUGGGUUUAAUGACGCAUGAACCUCAUUUUACACUAGUUAGAGAGACGGUUGUAUGGGGAAGUCACAAUAAAAAGGUAGCAUCGAAACAGAUUCAAGAACAGCAGUGGCAGUUGGUUCAUUUGAGUUUAUUUCGAGAGUAUCUGAUGAUGGAGAUGAAAGUGCAAGCACCAUUGGAUGGAGAACGGAUGCUGGAUGAUUUUAUUUUAUUGACGUUUUUGCUGGGAAAUGACUUUAUUCCUCAUAGUCCAACGUUAGAAAUCAGCGAAGAUGCGAUUCCACUGUUGCUGAAAGUCUAUCGGCAGUUGCUUGAAGAUCAUAAGGGAAGUUACUUGACGCUAAACGGGAAGAUAACGAAUAGUAAAUUGCUCCAGGAACUAUUUCAGGUUAUUGGCAACCAAGAGGAGGAAAUUCUCAUCAACCGCGCGCUGGAGGAGAAACGAUGGUCAGGUCGUUGGGCCGGGAGACAGCAAGCCAAACAGCACGAUGUUGAUGCUGAAGAUGUGCAAGCAGCCAUCACGAAUCUUCGUGAUGACGAUGAGGAUAAUCUUCUCCCACCAUUAGAAGAAGAUGAAGACGAAGAGGAAGCCGAGCGCGCAUUGCUAGAGGCAUUGGAUGGCUGUGAAGAUACGAAAAUGUCAUUUGAACUGAAGGAGAGCGAUCGUGAGGUGCUUUUGUUAGCUGGCAGCGAGAGUUUCCAGGACACAAAGUGGAAUUACUACGAGCGAAAAUUUGGCAUUAAACGUGGCAAUGGCGAUGCUGGCAAUAAGGAACUGGAACACGUAAAACAAGUUUACAUGGAGGCGUUAGUGUGGUGUCUCGCCUACUACUUCCAAGGCCCUCAAUCAUGGGCCUGGUAUUACCCUUAUCAUUACGCCCCAAUGAUUUCUGAUCUUACAGACAUCGAAGACGUUAUUGCAAAUGUGAAGUUUGACGAAGACCCAGCGAUUGCAGGCCCACUGCUACCGUUCGAGCAGUUGAUGUCGAAUCUGCCGUCCUCAAGCGCCAACCUCGUGCCGGAGCCGUACCGAUUUCUUAUGGUCUCUCCGCUAUCACCGAUCAAGCAUUUUUACCCAGAGACGUUUGCAAUCGACAUGGAAGGCAAGCGCAACCCUUGGGAAGGUGUGAAUUUACUGCCAUUUAUUGACGUGGCAUUGCUCAAGCAGGCUAUCGCUCAGUAUUGCCCGGACUCAAAGCUGACUGAGAUUGAAAAACGGCGUAACAAACUGCAGCGUUUACCCAUUCGAAUAGUACGAGAUUUGAAUGUGCAAGACACCUUAAAAUCGACCUUGCCGGGUGCUAUUGGAUUCCCUGAUGUCCCAUACUGUAACACACGUGUGGAAGACUAUGAGCUUCCAGCAAUUACUGGUGGCGAGUUCCAGAGUAAGCUGAUGAAAGAUGUUGUGCUUCCGCUUGCUGGGUUUCCGUCACUAUAUACGGUAGAUCUUGAAAGUAUUCGUAUUGCCAGUGUUGGAUUAAACUGUUUUGGAAUGAGUUCGCGCAAGUCCAGUCUCAUCCUUCAGCUUUCGGCAUCAGGGAAGCUAAAUGAUGGAGAAAGCGGUAGUGCUAAAGAGAUCAAUCCGCGUGAGAUUUUGGGCACUACUGUUCUAGCAAAUUGGCCAAACCUUCACGAGGCGCUUGUUGUGGGUGUCAGUACGCAAUCUGGAGAAUAUCGCCUGAAGGAUUCCAGCCGCAUGCACAAUAACAACGGCCACAGACGGAACGAGGUUGUAUUCGCGCCGCACGAACCCGACGAAAAAAGCGCGUGGGCGCAUUUUGCGCAAACCGAGGUGGUCAAGUUGCUAUCUGGCCGUGGAAUUCCUGGCAGUGGCGGCAUUGACCUGGGCAGGACUGGAAUCACUACGGUACUGCAUGUGUUGCCACUUCAAGGUAUGGUGUCGAAUCCAGUUACUGGUGCUAUCGAGAAGAAGUUUGGAGUGGCGGAGGCGUUUGUGCCCGCCCAGCUUACAGUUCGUAAUCGUAAGCUUUUAGACGCGCGGUUUGAGGAAACCGUCUCGCCACCGCUAAACGAGCGCUUUCCUGUUGACUCCAAAGCGCUUAUCACACGUGGUAAGUGGCUCGGGUGCACAGCUAUUGUGCGUUCACAGGAUGAAGAACAACACACUGUUACCGUUCAUGUGAAUACGAUUGAUCAGGAGCCACCGUUCGGCUACGUAAUUGCAGAAAAGAUCACAGACCGUUUUUAUCCAGGAUAUUUGGUGGCUCAGAAGCUAAUGAUAUCAACGUCAACUUUAGGCUUGAUUACGGGAAGCGUAAUUGUCAAGCCUAAUGGUACUGAUAUCGGGCUGAAUAUUCGCUAUCGCAAAGAGUUGCUACUUCCUGGCUAUUGCAGGCUUAUAAGACGUGACAGUAGCAGCUUCAGUUCUGGCGACGUAUGGAGGAAGGGCGAUAUUGUAAGAAUUGUGGGAAGUGGCAGUAGCGAUGUCGUUGAUUCUAGCUCGGGUCAUGUGCAGGCUAGAGAUAGCAGUGCUACUGCUUGGGAGUAUACUGAACGCGCAAUGCAGCUAAUUGCGUCAUACCAGAAAGAAUUUCCCGAGGUUGUUCUCAACCUGAGCCGGUUAUCUUUUGCAACAACUUACCGAGGUAAGGACUUGUUUGGAAUUGACGAUGCUGAGCAAGUGGAAGUGAAGGCAGAAGCAGUUAAGAAGUGGCUUGAGCAGCAGCAUUUAGGCACCAGUGAGCAUUCUAAGCAUAUUCCGAUAACAUCUGAGUAUAUUGCUUCGAACGCGAUCCGUGCCAUCGAAGCUGCUGGAGCAUUGCGUGCAGCGGAGCGCGCUAAAAUUACUGAGGAGCAGGAACGUGCGCCUGUUGUUGCAACUGUCAGUGCCGUGGAUUUGUUCCGUCCGAAUCCACUGGUGAACCAGGACUUGACGGGGCACGAAAUAUCGCAGCGAUCAUCGCUCAACCGAGGUGCGCCAAAUUUGGGGGACCGCGUGAUCAAUAUUAGUGCGCGCGGUGUGCCGUUUGGUCAUCGAGGUACGGUUGUAGCUACCCACGUGAGCAGUAAAUGCGUGGAGGUACUCUUUGAUGAGAGCUUCACUGGCGGAGAGGCACUCUACGGAACUGUCAGUCUUGAUCGUGGCAAAAUCGUGGCCUGGAACAGUUUGCUGUGCGUAUCGGUUCCGCCAGGCAGCAAGAAACCACCGAGCACUAAAUAUUCGCAGCAUGGACAGAAUGGAAAUGUCCAGCAUAACAAUGUUGCUAAUCAGCGACGUUAUUCGGAUGGAGUUCCUGCUAUUAGCACAAACAGCCGCAUGCCCACGAAAAAUCAGAAAGCAAACGACAAGGCAAAUACGAAUCUCUCGUCGCUGGUUCCGCCAACAGUUCCCAGCGCCAUACCAGUGCCUCCUAACCCAGAGAAGAUUCAGCAGCUGAUUCAAAAGUGGCGCCACGAUGGUGAAGUUGCAACUCAGGGUGGUGGAAAAGCACUGCCCCCUGGAGAAACACAGAAAGUACCAGCAUCACCGUUACCGACAUCGGCGUCAAAGCCAAUGUUACCGUCUACCGAGGAGAAGCUGGCUCCGUCCGUCGCGGCACUGUUUUCAGCAGCCAAGGCUGCGGCUUCAGUGCCUCCGUCACCUGCACCCGCUGACUCGUUAAUGGAGCUGUUUCCUCACAUGUACAAACCAUCUCCUGGCAAACCGUCGCUGCUUACGCCUCCUCUACCGAGUGGAACUCCGCCGCAGUUAAUGACACCAUCGUCUCCAGCAUUCUAUUCGACUCAACCACUUAUACCUGGACAGCAACAGCAGCUCUUCUUGCCCGACGGAUCGCAUGCUCCGAUGUAUGUGCCAGCACCGACGCAACUCCUAGUUCCUACCAACGUAGAAGAGUGUCCUCCUAUUGGAGCUGCUUUUCGUUUAAAGUCCAACAAGAAGCCGAGUACAACAACCAAGGCUGCAGUCAACGGAUCGAAGAGGAAAUACCACAACCGUGGUGGAAAGAGCAAACAAGGGACGUUGCUUAAGAGUGAGAGGAAACAUACACUGAAGCCGACAGGUAUCCAAUCGACUCCGAAGAAAUGGGUCCCAAAGCAGAGCGGUGGCGCAUCACAACUUUUGCUUCCAUCCCAGGUUAUGCGUCACCAGAAACCUCAGUAA